AGGCCGCGUUUCGGCAGCGAAUGAGCGACUUGCUUUCCGUGCGGAGCGGCGGCGACGGCGGCCGGGUCUUCCUCCUCUUGCCGCGGGGCCAGAUCCCCCGACGGUGUCCAGCUGCGUUUAAGUCUGGCCGGUGCCACCUGUCUCCGCAAUGCCCCCCAAGAAACAGGCUCAGGCCGGGGGCAGCAAAAAGGCGGAGCAGAAAAAGAAGGAAAAGAUUAUCGAAGACAAAACUUUUGGUCUAAAGAAUAAGAAAGGAGCAAAGCAACAGAAGUUUAUUAAAGCUGUCACUCAUCAGGUUAAAUUUGGUCAACAAAAUCCACGUCAGGUAGCACAAAGUGAAGCUGAGAAGAAAUUGAAGAAAGAUGACAAGAAGAAAGAAUUACAGGAACUAAAUGAGCUCUUCAAGCCUGUAGUUGCUGCUCAAAAAAUUAGUAAAGGUGCAGAUCCCAAGUCCGUGGUAUGUGCAUUCUUCAAGCAAGGACAAUGUACUAAAGGAGAUAAGUGUAAAUUCUCUCAUGACUUGACUUUGGAGAGAAAAUGUGAAAAGCGAAGUGUUUACAUUGAUGCAAGAGAUGAAGAACUUGAAAAAGAUACUAUGGAUAAUUGGGAUGAGAAAAAGCUGGAAGAAGUAGUGAACAAGAAGCACGGUGAGGCGGAAAAGAAAAAACCAAAAACUCAAAUAGUAUGCAAGCAUUUCCUUGAAGCCAUUGAAAACAACAAGUAUGGCUGGUUUUGGGUUUGCCCUGGAGGGGGCGAUAAUUGCAUGUAUCGCCAUGCACUUCCUCCUGGAUUUGUGUUGAAAAAAGACAAAAAGAAAGAAGAGAAAGAGGAUGAAAUUUCAUUAGAAGAUCUAAUUGAAAGAGAGCGUUCUGCCCUAGGCCCAAAUGUUACCAAAAUCACUCUAGAAUCUUUUCUUGCAUGGAAAAAAAGGAAAAGACAAGAAAAGAUUGAUAGACUUGAACAAGAUAUGGAAAGAAGAAAAGCUGACUUCAAAGCAGGCAAAGCACUAGUGAUCAGUGGUCGUGAGGUGUUUGAAUUUCGUCCUGAAUUGGUCAAUGAUGAUGAUGAAGAAGCAGAUGAUACCCGUUACACCCAAGGAACAGGUGGUGAUGAGGUUGAUGAUUCAAUGAGCAUCAAUGACAUAGAUUUAAGCCUGUACGUCCCAAGAGAUGUAGAUGAGACAGGUAUUACUGUAGCCAGUCUUGAAAGAUUCAGCACAUAUACUUCAGAUAAAGACGAAAACAAAUUAAGCGAAGCUUCUGGAGGUAGGGCUGAAAAUGGUGAAAGAAGUGAUCUGGAAGAAGACAAUGAAGGGGAAGGGCAGGAAAAUGGAGCCAUCGAUGCCGUUCCUGUUGAUGAAAAUCUUUUUACUGGGGAAGAUUUGGAUGAACUAGAAGAAGAAUUAAACACACUUGAUUUAGAAGAAUGACACCAAGCAAGUCAAUGACAAAAUUAAGUCAGCUCAACGUUUCAGUGAGGUUCUUAAAUGCAUAAUGGAAGGAUUAAACUGCUCUUUCUUCCUAAACCAGAAAAGCAUCCUUUGCAUCUCUUCAUCUUCUCUUCCCUUUGAUAGUUGAAGAUUAGAAGACUGAAUGCAAAAUUGUCAGGACUUGUCCAGAAGCAAACAUAAGCACAAGAAAAAAGUUGUGAGCCAAGGAGAUUUCAGAGGCUUUGACAAUAAAUGUAGGCCAUUGACAGGUUUAUUCUUGUACAGCUUGUAUUUUUCUAUCUGAUUUAUUAUAUAAGUGGAUAAGAGUCACAAUACUUGCCUGUAGAAAUGAGAAUGAAAUCUUCUGUGAGAAAUAGGAUAUUUUGGAAUUUGUUGUGCAAUGACUUUUACAUGAAGACUUUGACAAAUAUAAGUGAAAUAUAUUUUUUCAAAAUGUGAACUUACAUAGUGAUUUGUUAACAUCAAAACAGAAAAUCCUUGGGGUCAGCAACUGGCAUAGCAGGUUAAGAUACAGCCUGCAACACUGGCAUCCUAUAUGGACGCUGGUUCAAGUCCCAGCUACUCCAGUUCCGAUCCAGCUCCCUGCUAAUGCACCUGGAAAAGCAGCGGAGGAUGGCCCAAGUCCUUGGGUCCCUGCACACACAUGGGAGACCAAGAAGAAGCUUCUGGCUCCUGGCUUCAGCCUGGCCGAGGCCUGAUCAUUGCGGACAUCUGGGGAGUGAACCAGCGGAUGGAAGAUCUUUGUCUCUCCUUCUCUCUCUCUGGAACUCUUGACUUUCAAAAAAAAAAAACUUUAAAAUAAAUAAAUUAAUUAAGCAGAAUAAGCCAAAUUUGAGAGAGAAAUUGGUUGUUACUGAUUAAUUCCUCUGAUAAAAUUAGUUUUGGAGAGAUCUUUAUUCAUCUUUUUAAACCGCUUUAUUGCUAAACAUUUUUAAAGUGUAUAACUUGGUGUUUGACAAAUAUAUUUGUCUAGGAAACCAUAAUCACAAUCAUAAAAUAAUGCUCAUAGUCAACAUUCUCAUUAAAGGAUUCCUCAUGCACCUUUGUAUACCUUUCCUCCCCAAAUAGACUCUACAUCCCCAAUAAUUUAUAUUUUUAAUGCAAGUGGAAUCAUAUAUAUGUAUUUUUCCUUCCUUUUUGUUUUGUUUAUUUUCACUCUGUCAUUAUUUGGAGAUUUACCUGUAUUACUGCAUUGAUCAGUAGUGCAUUUCUGUAAAUUGCUAAAUAGUAUUUCUUUGUAUGGACAUAACACAGUUUGUUUCCCCAUUCACUUUUUGUUGGAUUUGAGUUUCCAGUUUGGGACUAUUACAAAUAAAGUCAGUAUGAACAGUC